UGCCGAAAGAAAAUCAAAAAUUUGAGCUAGGACAAUAAGGCCAAUAUGCAGGGUAUUCUACAAGUUUUAUGACAAACUUAGGCAGAUGAUAGCUGCACUCAUUCUGAACAUUAUCUUCCUAUGAACCUAGGUCCUUGGUUUCGUUAGAGGAUGAAGAAGCUAGUAGAAUACCUGUGGUAUAGGACCAAGAACUUGUUUGAAAGUUACGAGAGAGGAAUAAACUGACAGAAUCUUUGGAAUGUAAGCACCGCAAGAUACAUAAGGUAUCCGGACCUUAUUAACCACUUGCUACACCUCUUCACUGGCUUCCUUACAGGGCAUUGCCGCCUUAGAAAGCACCAAAUGAGAAAAGGGUUGUCAGAAGUUGAAGAGAGCAGGGAAUGUGAUCAUCUGGUUACGAAAAGCCUAGCCAAAAAAUGCAGUGGAUGAGAAACUAGUAGAAGAUAGGAAUUAACUUCCUUCAACCAUUCCAGAUAGAGGUUAGCUGUAUAUGGUUCAGCAGUAACAUAAUAAACAAUAAAACCAAGGUCAUGAUGCAAUGUAAAACUAACUACUCAUAUUGGAGGCGAAGACAAGCUUCACUUUAGCAAAGACUCCGUCAAUUUUCAGAUUUGCAUUAAAUUACAGGAUAUUAUGCCAUGUUUUUAGGGUGUGAUCACUUUUAUUCUCUUGCAGUGGUCACAAAAUACCCGAUCAUAUGGUACACGACCGACCCUGUUGAAAGAUAUAGAAAAGAGGAUUACGUGCAAGCUAUAGACGUGUUCCUGCAGAAAUAUAAAGACGCCCAACAGAGCGACUACGUGGAUUGCGCCACGGAAAAAAAGGACAAUAAACCCUGCUACGUCGACUUGAAGUUAUUGGAAGAUUGUACCGCUGAUGGCUACCACUACACCAACUCUUCGUUGUGCUUCUUCCUGAAGUUGAACAGGCAGAAACACUGGAAGCCAGUGUUCUUCAAAAGGGAGCAAGACCUUCCGGACGAGAUGUCCCAAUCCAUGAUGGACCACAUCUUGGCCUCCUCCAACAAAGACGUCGUCUACGUCGAGUGCCUCGGACAGAACUAUUGGGACAACGAGCACAUGGGAAAGAUAACCUACUAUCCUAAACAGGGUUUCGACGGUGCCUAUUUUCCGUACGGGGGCGAAAGCGGCUAUUUGGCGCCCUUGGUGGCGGUCAAGAUGGACGAAGUCACCACCGGUAUCGUGAUACACAUCAAGUGUACCGUCUGGGCGAAAAACAUCGAGACCAGAUUGAACCAUUUCCAUCUCAAAGUGUUUGUCGAUAACACGUUGCCUUAUUGAAUAAAAGCGAUAAUUAAAACUCGAA